AUGGGCAGCAAAUCCCCGACCGUGCAGGUGUAUGCGUUUGGUGAUCAGACGUACAACGCCACCGACAUUCUCUCCAAGCUGCUUCGGACUCACGAUGACCCAAUCGUUGUCGACUUCCUUGAGCGCAGUGCCUCGACGCUGAAGCACCAGAUUAAGCAGCUCCCAGCAGAACAGCAGGCAGCCUGCCCUCGUUUUGCUCGCCUAGCCGACCUUCUCCCGUACUAUCGGGCAGGCACGCUGAAUCCUGCACUCGUCCAGGCCUUGACCUGCACUACUCAGCUCGCAGCCUUUCUCCAGGAAAACAGCAGUGGUGGCCGCAGCUAUCCCACAGCUGAGAAUGCCUGCCUUACGGGUGUAUGUACUGGUGCGUUGGCAGCAGUCGCCGUGAGCUGCGCACCCAGUGUGGCAGCACUCCUACCUCUCGCUCUCCAUACCGUCGCUGUCGCACUUCGACUUGGUGCUCUUGCUUGGGACGUGGCGGAGCGUCUCAACAACCGCGACACAGACUCGGCGGCCUUCGCGUCGUGGACGUCUGCCGUUGCCGGUGCCAGCGCCGAGGACAUCGCUGAGCAGCUCAGGCAAUAUGCCUCGACAAAGGGCAUGCCCGCGACGGCCGCUCCGUAUCUCAGCGCGCGUGUCGGGCCCACCCAAGUCUCGAUCUCGGGACCACCGUCCUCUUUGGCCGCAUUUCUCUCCACCCUUUCCCGGCCAGCGUUCCUCUCCACGCCGCUCCCCAUCACCGCCCCCUACCACGCCGCCCAUCUCUACUCCGCCGCCGACAUCGACUUGGUGCUAGGCAGCAUCGCUCCGAGUGAUGCUUGGCCUACCACUCGCAUCCCAAUUGUCUCUGCUGGCGGACGGAAUGAUGGCGAGAGCAGCGAGCUGUCCCUCUCCGCCGCUUUCCCGGCUGCGCUGGCUGAGGCCGUCCGUGACUGUCUCACACGUCCCAUCGCCAUACAUCAAUGGCCGGCAGCGAUUGCAGAGCAAAUCAAGUCUCGUGGCAAUGACUACUCUGCGAUACCACAUCCUGUUGCCCUGGCGUUUGCCGACCGCCUUGGGCCCUUGAUCAACGCCCAUCUUCCCUCGUCGUCAUCGAGUCCGUCUCCCCAAACAUCAGCUCUUUCACUUCCUCCAUUGGCUGAUGGCCAUGGACGGGCUGCUAAGUCACCCAUUGCAAUCAUCGCUGCAGCGGGCCGUUUCCCUCAGGCCGACAGCAUGCAAGCCUUCUGGGAUGUGCUUUCCCACGGCGUUGACACACAUGAGCUGGUUCCCCCAUCGCGAUGGAACGCUUCCGCUCACGUCGGUGAUGAGAAAGUGAAGAAUGUGUCUGGCACUGGUUUCGGUUGUUGGUUGCACAACGCCGGCCAAUUCGAUGCCGGCUACUUCAAUAUGAGUCCGAGGGAGGCACCUCAAGUUGAUCCAGCUCAACGUCUGGCCCUUCUUACGGCCGCAGAGGCCUUGGAGCAAGCAGGCAUUGUCCCUGAUCGUACGCCAUCUUCCCAAAAGAACCGGGUCGGUGUCUACUUUGGUUCCACUAGCAACGACUGGAUGGAGACCAACAGCGCGCAGAACAUCGAUACCUACUUCAUUCCAGGAGGAAACCGCGCUUUUAUUCCCGGACGAAUAAAUUACCAUUUCAAAUUCAGCGGGCCUAGCUACACUAUCGACACCGCCUGCAGCUCAAGUUUGGCUGCUCUCCACAUGGCGUGCAAUGCCCUCUGGAGAGGAGAGAUUGACACUGCCAUUGUUGGCGGAACUAACGUCCUGACCAACCCAGAUAUGACGGCCGGACUGGACCGUGGCCAUUUUCUCUCAAGGACUGGCAAUUGUAAGACAUUCGACGACAAUGCUGACGGAUACUGUCGUGGCGAGGCCGUCGUCACUACCAUUCUCAAACGUCUCGACGACGCAAAAGCAGACAAGGAUCCUAUCCAAGCAUGCAUUUUGGGCGUCGCUACGAAUCAUUCAGCCGAAGCAGAGUCCAUCACACGUCCUCACGCAGGAGCUCAACAGGAGCUCUUCGAAGGCCUUCUCAGAGAUACUGGUGUUAGUAUCCAGGACAUUAGCUACUGCGAAAUGCAUGGCACUGGAACGCAAGCUGGAGAUGCCGGCGAGACGACAUCGGUAGUCGAGACUCUGGCGCCCUUGACGGCACUGGGCCAACCAGUGCGACCAGCAACAUCGCCGCUACAUAUUGGAGCAGCAAAAUCCAACAUCGGACAUGGCGAGGCUGCAGCUGGAGUGACAAGUCUUGCCAAGGUGCUACUCAUGCUCAAGCACUCUAAGAUCCCUCCCCACUGCGGAAUCAAGACCAAACUCAAUCAUCGCCUGCCUGACAUCCAGGCCAGGAACACCUACAUCUCCAGGCAAGGGACCGCAUGGCUUCGGCCACAGAAUGGCAAGCGACGUGUGCUCCUCAACAACUUCUCGGCCGCCGGUGGAAACACCGCCCUCGUGCUGGAAGACGCCCCCGAGCAGGAGCCCUCGAGCGAGCUUGACCCACGCCAGCACCACAUUGUGUGCGUGUCUGCCAAGACUGUGCCUUCGCUCAUCAACAACCUCCGCAACUUGAUUGUUUGGAUCGAACGGCAAGACCAGUCCGACCCUCUUCUCUUGCCACGGCUCUCCUACACCACCACCGCUCGCCGCAUGCACCUUCGACACAGAGUGGCGGUCACAGGGUCCAGCCUCGACCAGAUCCGCAACGCCCUUCAAGAUCACUUGACCCGACGAGAAAACGGCGAUAAUGGCCCACUGGUGCCAGUCAAAGGACCAAACUUUGGAUUUGCUUUCACUGGUCAGGGUUCGCCUUUCCCUGGUAUGGGAUCGGAUCUGUACGCUCGCUUUUCCUCCUUCCGAAACGACAUCCUGCGCUACGAUCAGCUAUGCAUUCAGAUGGGGCUGCCGUCCAUCAAGAUUGUGUUCGAAGACGAGACGACUUUUGAAGCGGCCUCGCCCACACUUCUACAAUUGACGCAUGUCUGCUUUCAAAUGGCGCUCGCUCGCCUGUGGACAUCGUUCGGAGUCACCGCCAAAUCGGUCGUGGGACACAGUCUUGGCGAGUACGCUGCACUGUUCACAUCUGGCUCGCUAUCUCAAGCCGAUGUAAUCCAUCUCGUUGGCAGCCGUGCACAACUCAUGGAGAAGCAUCUGGCUCCUAGCACGCACGCCAUGCUUGUUGCAUUUGCCAGUCAGGAGAAGGUGGCAUCGGCCAUGGCUACCUCUGACGCACAGUAUGAGAUCUCCUGUAUCAAUGGCAGAGAAAACAUUGUGCUUGGUGGCCAAGUAGCGCAGCUCGAGAAAGCUCAAGCUCGCCUCGAGACCGAGAACAUCCGCUGUUUCUUCCUGAAGACUCCAUUCGCUUUCCACACUUCGCAGGUUGAUCCGAUCCUGGAACAUUUUAGCACUGUGGCCAGCGGGUCAAAGAUCGGUCAACCCAGAACGCCUGUCAUCUCACCAAUGCAAGGGACCGUGCUUCGUGACAGUUCCCAAUUCGAAGCGGACUAUUUUGUUAAGCACUGCCGUAGACCUGUGGACAUGGUGCGAUCUUUGACCGCUGCCAAGCGAGAGGGACUGAUUGACGACACGGUAAUGCUCGUUGAGAUCGGUCCCGCUCCUGUGGUCACUGCUGUCGUCAAAGAUGUAAUUGGCUCUUCGACCAUGCAGACAUUUGCGUCGGUCAGGAAAGGCAGAGAUACGUGGGAGCUGCUCACCACUGCACUCUCCAAGAUGUAUUCCAUGGGUGCCAGCAUCGAUUGGUCGAGGUACCACCAAGAUUUCGAGGGCUGCCAACACGUUCUGGAGUUGCCUGCGUAUGGCUGGAGUCUGAAGGAGUACUGGAUGCAAUACGUCCACGACUGGUCCCUGCGGAAGGGCGAACCGCCACUAAUUGUGAGCUCUCCGAGUCUUGAAUCGUCUUCCAUCCACAAAGUCGUCACCAACACCAUCAGCAAUGGUAGCGCCGACGGCGAACUGGUUGUGGAAGCCGAUCUCAGUCGUGACGAUCUUCAUCCGAUGGUGCAGGGGCACCAAGUGUACGGUGUUCCUCUUUGUACGCCAUCAGUCUAUUGCGACAUUGCUCUUACAAUUGGCGAGCACAUCAAGCAAAGCACUGGCAUGGCAGCAACCGCGGCGGUGGAAGUCGCAGAGAUGAACAUCCAAAGUGCUCUCGUGGCCAAUAACAGCGGCAAGAUGCAACUGCUGCGCACUGUCGUCAAGUUUGAUGCCAAGAAGAGUAGUGCAUAUACCACCUUCUCAAGCGUCAGCGAAGACGGCAGCAAGGUCGUUGAGCAGCAUGCGAACACUCUGAUCCGUUUUUCCGACCUUGAACAGUCGAAGCGUGAUUUGAAGGACGCCGCAGUGAAAGCGCAAACUCGCAUGAGUGCCCUGAACGAUCAGGUUGGCACUGAGGCUAACACAUACCGUUUCAGCAAAGCCAUGAUCUACAAGAUGGUGGGCCAGCUGGCUGACUUUGACGAGAAGUAUCGCGGGCUCUCUGCCAUUACUUUGGACAACGACAACAUGGAGGCUGCUGGUAUGGUCACAUUCAAGGGCAUUCCCAAUGACGGAAAGUUCCACACCAGUCCCGCAUACCUUGACGCUCUUUCACAGCUAGGCGGCUUUGUUAUGAAUGCCAAUGAGGGCGUCGAUCUUGACAAGGAAGUCUUUGUCAACCACGGGUGGAAGUCGAUGAAAUUCUUCACGAAGCUCGAUCCCGCUAUGACAUACUACACUCAUGUCAAGAUGACUGAGGGUGAAGACAAGCUUUGGACGGGAGAUGUGCUUGUCUUUGAUGACAAGAAGAAGCUUGUUGGCAUCGUUGGUGGAGUCGCGCUCCAAGGCGUCCCUAAACGCCUAAUGCACUACAUUGUCACAGCAGCUAACAAGAAGGUCUCUGGUGAUGCCAGUAAGCCUGCCGCGAAAGGCACUCCCAACAAGGUUGCCGCAAGCACUGCAGCUGCCCCGGUCGCAAAGACGACGACCACUACUACCACGAAGAAAGUCAAGGCGGCUCCAACCGGUGAAUCGCCUCUGGUCACGUCAGCGCUUCAGAUCGUUUCCGAGGAAAUCGGUAUGGAGAUCAGCGCUCUGACUGACGACAUUGUCUUCACAGACGCGGGACUGGACUCGUUACUGUCCCUUGUUAUCAGCAGCAGGAUGCGGGAUCAGCUCGAAAUUGACUUCGAAUCCGCCCAGUUCAUGGAGAUUGGCUCGAUUGGGGCUUUGAAGAAGUUCCUACGCGAGUUGGGUGGCGGAGCGGUGUCCAACGAGCACGAGACGGUAGAAGUCGAACAGACAGUAGUAGAAGAGGACAAGCAGGAAGCCACGCCCCCAGCCUCAGACGCCAGCGAUGAGGAGCAGUGGCCGAAGAUCUUAGACAUCCUGUCUGAAGAGAGUGGUAUUGUCACCAAAGACUUGACGGAUGACGUUGCCUUUGCCGAUGCUGGUGUGGACUCCCUCUUGUCGCUCGUGAUCACCAGUCGGUUGCGCGAUGAGCUGGAUCUGGACCUGCCUGACCGAGCACUCUUCGAAGACUGCACGACUGUUGGUGGCCUCCGCAAACACUUCGCUGGGUCCGACGGUACUUCAUCUCCGGCCGAGCCAGCCGUGCAAAAUGCCGCUCUCGUCGCAGACACGCCUGCCACUGAGUCAGUGCCUCCAACUCCGUGGUGGUCUGAUUCGGAGGAGGACCCCCAGACCCAGAACACCACCCCUCCCAGUGAGCUUGAUGACAUUCCUGAAGAAGAGAUCGGCAAGUCGGCUUCUGCUCCUCCGUCUGCAGAGCGCAUCGCUCCAGCAUGGUCCAUGUAUCUGCAAGGCUCCCCAAAGCGCUCCACCGAAACCCUGUUCCUCUUCCCAGACGGCUGUGGUGCCGCCACAUCCUACCUCAAUCUGCCUCGAGUGAGUGCCUCGACAGCAGUCGUUGGUUUCAACUCCCCAUUCAUGAAGACUCCUGAGAAGAUGUUAGACCGGAAGCUCCCUGAAGUGGUAGACUCCUACAUCCAGGGUGUACGCAAGCGACAGCCUCACGGUCCGUACCAUCUUGGUGGCUGGUCAGCAGGUGGAAUCCUCGCCUAUGCCAUCGCACAACAACUGAUGGCCAUGGGUGAGAGUGUAGCAACGUUGCUCCUCAUCGACUCUCCACCGCCGACUAAAGGACUCGAUCGCCUGCCUCAGCGCUUCUUCGACCACUGCAACAGUGUCGGUCUCUUCGGCACUGAGAUGCAGCGUGGAAACAAUGGACCUCCAGCGAAAUCUGGACCUCCACCAGCACCCCCCGCAUGGCUGAUGCCUCACUUCCGCGCCACGAUUGAACUCUUGCACGAAUACGUUGCUCCACCUAUGAAGCCCUCAAGCCUCCCCCGACCCAAAGUCACUGUGAUUUGGGCUGGCGACUGCGCCUUUGACGGCAAACACUAUGCCCACCUUCCGCCUCCACCACCGGGCAAGGAGCAUGAGGACACUGAUGGCAUGAAGUUUCUUAGUGAACGGAGGAAGGACUAUGGUCCGGAUGACUGGGUGAGUCUCUUCCCCGGCAUGGAAGUCACGGCGAAAUACGUCGAAGGAGAACAUCAUUUCAGUAUGAUGAGGGAUGCUGGUGCCGAGAGCCUGGGGCCCAUGAUGAGGGAGGCUAUCAAUUUGUAG